UGUUACCUUGCGGAGGAGAGACACGUCGGUGUGCUAUUUAUUUAUUUAUUGUAGUUUAUUUUUUAAUUUGAGCUAAAGAUGCUCGGCCUGUGCCUUUACGUCCCGGUGUCCAACUCGGACCAGGUUGAAGUGGAAUACUUUGAGUCUAACGGACUGCCGUCGGAGCUCAAGUCUCUCUUUAACAAGCUGAGCCUCUUCCUGCCUUCCCAGGAGUUUUCAACCUACCAACGAUGGCGAAAGAAAGCGGGAAAAGGAGCAGAAAAUGUCUCAGACGGACAGCUGGACUUUGACGAGUUUGUUCACUAUCUACAAGACUACGAGAAAGACCUGAAACUUGUGGUGAAAAGCCUCAACAGGAAGAAUGCAGGCCAAGUUGAUCUGAAGGAGUUCAUGCAGUCCCUUCAGGAACUCGGCGUGCAUAUUUCCCCGCAGCAUGCAGAGAACGCCCUUAAGAGCAUGGAUAAGAAUGGAGUGAUAACCAUCAGCAGCAAAGACUGGAGCAAGUACACCAUGCCAGAGAAGACUGAGAGCAGUCCAGAGAUCAUCCUCUACUGGAAACACUCCACGAUCUUCGAUGUGGGUGAGAACCUGAUGGUGCCUGAUGAGUUCACCAUAGAGGAGAAGCAGACAGGAAUGUGGUGGAGGCACUUGGUUGCAGGUGGAGGAGCUGGAGCGGUUUCAAGAACCUGCACGGCUCCGCUGGACAGACUCAAAGUCAUGAUGCAGGUUUAUGGAUCCCGAACCAACAACAUGUGCAUCCUGACCGGGAUGAUGCAGAUGAUCAAAGAAGGCGGCACGAGGUCACUGUGGCGAGGAAACGGCGUCAACAUCAUCAAAAUAGCACCCGAAUCGGCACUCAAGUUUAUGGCGUAUGAGCAGAUUAAACGCUUAAUCGGCAGCGAACAGGAGACUCUGCACAUCGCGGAGAGAUUUGUUGCUGGAUCUCUGGCAGGAGUGAUCGCUCAGAGCACCAUCUACCCCAUGGAGGUCCUGAAGACCCGUCUGGCUCUGAGGACGACCGGGCAGUACUCCGGUAUAGCAGACUGUGCGAAGCAGAUUUUCAGAAGAGAAGGACUUUCAGCAUUUUACAAAGGCUACGUCCCAAACAUGUUGGGCAUCAUCCCCUACGCAGGCAUCGACCUGGCAGUGUACGAGACACUGAAGAACAGCUACCUGCAGCAGUACGGCACCAACAGCGCCGACCCAGGCAUCUUCGUCCUCCUGGCUUGUGGCACCGUGUCCAGCACCUGUGGUCAGCUCGCCAGCUAUCCCCUGGCUCUGGUCCGCACACGCAUGCAAGCACAAGCUGCGACAGAAAAAAACCAGCAGGUGACAAUGACCGGCCUCUUCAGACAGAUCGUGCAGUCUGAGGGCCCGAUGGGGCUCUACAGAGGCCUGGCCCCCAACUUCCUCAAAGUCAUCCCUGCCGUUAGCAUCAGCUACGUGGUGUACGAGCAACUGAAGACACAGCUAGGCGUGAAAUCGCGCUGAAAACCAACCUCUCAUUGUCACAUGAAAGCUUGAAUGUGAUAAGUGACCCUCACCCACUUCCACCCUCCCUCCCACCACCACCCCACCAUCCAUACGUUAGGGAAUCCCAGGGACCAUUUUGGCCCCUCUGGGGGUUCGUGGAGCGAUCUCAUUCUGUGAAUGUCAGCUGACGAAAGACGAGAAAGGCCAAGGUGGAGGAUCUGGACUCUGUGAGCUCGGGUUGUCUGGACUGUGACUGCUGCUAUUUAUGUUUUUAUCUCGUUGAGACCUGAAACGAGAGAUGCGUGAGGGAUGUGAGCGAUUUCUAUGUCGAGGACCAAAUGUUCUUGCUCUUCAUGCCAUUUUGGUGCCUGAGCAACCGUCCUGUUUAUUUUUUAUGUUGGUGUGAUACUGUAAGUUGUGGUUGGUCAGUGUGAGAUGCAACACCAGCGCUCAUGUUACGCAGCUCUACUGAAAACGACCACCAUUCAGAGCACUUCUUGCAUGUCAGAUAUAGCAUUAAUAAGCUCUUUGAGGGGUGUCAUUAUUAUUUAACAGGAGGAAAUGAUUGUGUUCCUUAAUGAGAGGAGUUUGCACAUGUGAGAUUGAUCUCUCUCCACCCCCGUCCUGAAUGAAUGGAUGAAUGAAUAGCUGACAGGAUUUUUUGACUGUGGAUUAUUUAUUUCCAUCUGUCCUGUAUUUGUUUUUAUUGUCUCUGACAGUGGACAUGUACUGCUUCAGAGUCAAAAGUAAUAAUAGUUUUAAAUGCAGUGAUUGUGUUCAGGAUGGACAGUAACACCUGGCAACAGCCUUAACAUGUGGCUAUAAAACACUAAAUGUAGUUGUCUGACGUGUUGAACAUGAGGUUGGAGUUCUCGCUGUAGCUGCUGUUAAAGCAACUGAAAAUAACUUAUUGUGCAGACGACAUCAGAUUAUGUCUGUUAAUGUGUGUUCAUGUUUUUGCCCUUUAUAAAAGGUAUAAAUGUCUUAAUGUUCACCUCAGGUUUAAGGGCAGAUUACUGUUAAAUCACAGAAGAGUACACCAAGGUGUUAAUGUUUUUGGUUUCACAACAUUUAUACUCGGGGAAAGAAGGGCUUGGGAAAAAAUGAGCAACAUAAUGCACUUUAAUCAACACUGGAAGGGCCUCUGAAUGAAUGUCAUAUCAAUAUCAGGUAUUAACAUUUAAUUCUUUUGUAAAGAAUGAGUUUUAGUCUUGUUUUAAUGGACCAUUUUCAUGCAAAUAAAUGCAAGUUCUUGUAA